AAUUCUCCAUCCACAACAAAAAACUACUUCUCAAUUCAGUUAACACACCAACCCCACAUCCAAAGCUUCAGUUCAAUAUGGCAACCUUGUCAAGUUUUGCUCCUUUGGCCAUUCUAAGUUUAGUUCUAGUAAUUAGUGCCAUUGUCUUUGAGGCUGAAGCUAGGCCAAGGACAUUCUUUGUAUUUGGAGAUUCACUUGUUGAUAAUGGAAACAACAAUUACUUGGCUACCACGGCACGUGCCGAUGCUCCCCCUUAUGGGAUUGAUUACCCUCCAAGUCAUAGACCAACUGGUCGUUUCUCCAAUGGCUACAACAUUCCUGAUCUUAUCAGUCAACGACUUGGUGCUGAGGCUACAUUGCCAUACUUGAGUCCAGAAUUAAGAGGAAAUAAGCUCCUUGUUGGUGCAAAUUUUGCUUCAGCUGGAAUUGGAAUACUUAAUGACACUGGAAUUCAGUUUAUAAACGUAAUCAGAAUGUAUAGGCAGCUACAAUAUUUUAAAGAGUACCAAAACCGAGUGAGAGCUAUAAUUGGAGCUUCACAGACUAAGAGCUUAGUGAAUCAAGCACUAGUACUCAUCACUGUAGGUGGCAAUGAUUUUGUAAACAACUACUUCUUGGUGCCCAAUUCAGCAAGGUCUCGCCAAUACCCAUUACCUCAAUAUGUCAAGUAUCUCAUUUCUGAGUACCAAAAACUUUUGCAGAAACUGUAUGAUUUGGGAGCACGCAGAGUUCUUGUGACAGGCACAGGACCAUUGGGUUGUGUUCCAUCAGAAUUGGCCCAACGCGGUAGAAAUGGACAAUGUGCUGCUGAACUUCAACAAGCUGCAGAGUUGUUUAAUCCACAACUCGAACAAAUGUUGCUACAACUCAACAGGAAAAUUGGAAAGGACACUUUUAUUGCUGCAAACACAGGAAAAAUGCACAACAACUUCGUUACUAACCCUCAACAAUUUGGGUUUAUCACGUCACAAAUAGCUUGUUGUGGGCAAGGACCCUACAAUGGUCUUGGGCUAUGCACACCACUCUCCAACCUUUGCCCCAAUAGAGACCAAUAUGCAUUUUGGGAUGCAUUCCAUCCAUCUGAAAAGGCCAAUAGGCUUAUUGUGGAAGAAAUUAUGUCAGGUUCUAAAAUCUACAUGAACCCAAUGAACCUCAGCACCAUCCUGGCUUUGGAUGCUAUUACCACAUGAAGACACCAAUAAGUCUAUGCACCUCGCAUGCUAGUUUCAUUAUGUCCCUUUUUUAUUAUUGUAAUUGUGAUUUAAUUUCGUAUUCCUCAAUAUCUAAUUGGGGAAUUAGAAAGUUAAAGGGAGGAAGAAACUUCCCUUUUUGCAUAAAAUUACAACGAAGAAUAUAUAUAUAUAUAUAAAUGGUGGGAAGUACUAAGUGAUUCCUGAGUCUCAA